ACUGGGCAGCGUUUUCCACGUGUAGGGAACUCCGCCUCACUGUGUCCGUAGCCCCGCCCACACAGCGUCGUCAGUGGAGCUGAUGGUUGGCGCGCUAAGCUGAAGGGGGCAGGCCGCAGAAUGGCGGCGGUGUUGGAGUUGUUGCUGCAGGAGCAGGUUACAGUAGGAGCAGUUGUGCGCUGGGUAACGAACACAACGCAGGAGAAACCUGCACCUUCCAGUCUUGCCUCCCUCAGUUUACUUCAAAAAGACUUUGUCCCAUUUCUUCUUAAUUUUUUACGUGAACAGACUAGUCAGAUUCUGACUAAUGGGCCCUCUACGCCAGCAAAGACCCCAACCUCCAAGGCCAUAUCAAAGCCCAGUAGCACCCCUCAUCAAAGGACAAUUUCGGAGAAGAGGACUUCAAACUCGUCAGGUCACCGUGGAAGUCGGAUGCAGCUUUUUGCCCAAACUCCAAAUAGCUCAAAUGCAUCAGAUACUUAUUUUUUGUCUUCCACUUCUUUCUCCAAUGACUCUUCUCUUUUGUCCAGAUCAAACUUGACUGCUAAUUUGUCAGGAAAAAAAUCUGGUCCAACUAGUCCAAACCUUGGCUGCAGCCCAUUGAUGCAUUACAAUGAAAAACGCUCUGCACACAAACCUAGCUUGGGAAGCUUUUUGGUUCUUACACCAGAAGGGCAGCCACCUCGACGUGGUCGUAAAAAGAAUAAUAGCUCUGGCCGCCAAAUGUCCAGAGACCAGGGAAGGAGAUCAAAUGAUGAAGAAAUCCAGGGAGAUGUUUCAUGGAGUGCAAACAGGAGAAUUCACGGGGGCUCUGACUCUGCUACAUCCCCUCCAGGUGUUAGCCAACUAAAUCUUAAUAACUUGGAUGAAUUCCCUCCAAUGAAUGCUUCAGCUUCCAGCAAAUCAAAACCAUCCAGAAGAAUCAAUCCUACUCCGAUCAAUGACGUAAGCUUGAUGUCCAAAUCCAGGGUCUGCUUCACCUCCACACCCAUACAGCAGUCCACUAUAAACCGACACCAGGCAGGCAUGGAUGUGUUUACUAAUGUUAAAGAAGGAAACUGUUCUCCUGCAAACGGUGGAAGCCUUCAUGAAGAAAGGGAAAUUUUGAAGAAAGAAAGAUCCAAAUUAAUGCAGCACACAUCCUCUCCAGUUCUAUUGGAUCCUGUCACUCCCACCAAGUGUUACAGCCGAAACAUGAGCCUGUCUGCAGAUACCCUGCUCCAUGCAGACAAUGCAAAAGUGACAUACAGGAAACAGCUGAACAUCCUUGCUGAGCUCUAUUCAGCUUGUAUAGCAGAAAAUCUCGUGCCCAAUAUAUUCCUGGAAUUCUUUUUUGUCCUGCAGUUGCUCACAUCAAGGGGGCAUGCUGCAGAUGGAGAGUGUGAUCCUCAUAUUAUGUGCAACAUUAAAGAUGCAGUGGAGCAACCUUACUUUCAAAGUGUUCACAAUUGCGUAUUCUUUGCAGUGGUGGUCCUUGAUUUUCAGUUUCCGGUAAUUUCUUAUUUGGAUAAAAGUACCUUGAAGCUUCUUGCUGAAAAUGAACGUAUUUCUGCAUUCUCAUCUGCAUUACAUGAGCGACUUCUGAAAGUCUAUGAAAAAAGUACAGCAAAGGUUUCCCUCUUUCUUCCACCUGCCAUACAGUCUGUGUCUUUUCAGCCUGAAACUGAUAACAGAUCGAACUUCACUAGUGAUCGGGCCUUCCAUAUAUUUAAGAAACAGAGAGAUGUUUUCUAUGAAUUGCUGCGAGAGUGGGAGGAUAAACAUAGAAAAGCAGAUUGGGACUUUGAGCGUUGCCUUGGCGGUAGGAUCAGGGGAAUGAUGGCCAAUCUUUCUGCAGUAUGUAACCACCAUCACUUUGCUAGACUGUUUCAAAAGCAGCUCGUCCAGAUGUGUAAAGGAUACAGUGGAGGGAUCAGUGGCUCCAGUGCUGGUGAUAACCCAGAUCAGGAUGUGUUAAAUAUGGUUGGCUCAGACAAUCUGAACAGACUGAAGCGCUUGCAGGAGAGAUUUGUUACCCCCCAGAGUAUUUGCGGGCCAUGCCCACCUCCUUGCUUCCCUGGUUACCAGGAGUUCUUCAGAGACUUCAUACUCUGUGCGGAAAAUUAUCAUUUUAACCAACAUCUGAUGGACAGCCUAUGCCAAGAGAUAAAGGAACUGGAUGGCAUUUCUAUCAUUGGGCAUGAGCCAGCUGAUGGAGAGUCUGAUAUGGAUGAGCAGGAUGAAAAAAUUCAUUUUGCUUCUAUCAUAAUGACCCUUCGUUUACUUGCAAAGUUUCUGGGAUUUGUGAAUUUCCUGCCCUACAGAACAACAGAAACACUCACCAGUGAACUGCAAGAGUCUGCUAUUGUUUUAAGAAACCAGACUCUACCCAUGUUGGACGUGUUGCAGCUGCUCAGGAGAUCAAUGCAGGAGUACCGUAUUGUGCUGACUGUCCCAUGGGUAGUAGAAUAUUUGUCAUUAGUCGAUCAAAUCGCUCCCUUUCUGGACUAUUACAAGAAAGUGUUUACGCUACUGAUGCACCUGUACAGAUACAAGCUGAUCCUUGCUGAAGAGAGAGAAAUGGGAUUCCUGAAUAAGCUGCUUAUUCUUGCCGUGUUGGGUUGGCUUUUUCAGGUACCUCCAGUACCAGAGGAAUUGUUUUUUGACAAUGAAAAUGUAGAGGGGGACUUUGCUGUCAGUUCUGUAACAGUGACACAGGGGCUGGACUCAAUGCCUUUGGUGGACCAACAGCUGCUGUAUAGUUGUUGUCCAUAUCUUGGAGAACUGAAAAAGUUACUGUUAUCAUUUGUUGCUGGUAGCAGUGCCAAAAAUGGUGGGUUUCUAAGGAAAAUAACUCCCACUGCUGCAGAACCUCUGAUUCCAAAGCCUACUUUAUCACAAAAGAAGCUUCAGGCUGAACUGGAGCAAGCAUUCUUCCACAAUCAGCCGCCCUCUCUUCGGAGAACAGUGGAGUUUGUGGCAGAGAGAAUUGGUUCCAACUGUGUUAAGCACAUCAAGGCCACUCUUGUGGCAGAACUUGUGAAGAGAGCAGAGCUCCUCCUGCAGGACAGUGUGACACAGGAAAGUUCCACACACAACAAGCAGCUUGACACUGUGUGCACCAAGCUCUGUGAGGAUGGCAGGCAGGCAGUGCAGAAAGGCAAAGAGUAUUGCACAAGGAAAGCUCCAGAGGCCCUUCGACUUCUGCUGCCUGAAGAGAUAUCAGCAUCUGUGCUGAGUAGUGCUGAAGACAUAGCAGUGGCUCUAGCUAUAGAGAAGGCAUGCAGCUGGCUAAAUACUAAUAUAUCAGCAUUAAUAAAAAGGGAGGUUAAAGCUGCGUUUGCUCGAAUGCUGAAAAUACACAGUCAAAUCUCGUCAUCGAUGGGAUGUGAGAGUGUAAAAGGAGGAUGCGAUAAUGGCUGUGAGCACAAUGCUCCUCUCCCCUCCCAGCUGAUUACAGAAAUAAAGGAUAUCCUGAGUAUUGCAGUUGGGCCUCGUGAUGAAGAAGAAGUAGUAGAUUACAUGCACCUAAAGAAUACCCUUACACAUCUGUCUCAGACUUUAAAAUGCAGAAUAUACAUGUGUUACCCAGCAGAGCAGCACUUGGCCAAGUGCACUGUGGAACUGGCAUCUUUGUUAGUGUCUGAUAGAAUUCCAGUAAGUGGGUUCCCUUCAUCCGAGCAUAGUCAUGAAAUGCAAACAUUGAAGAGAAAAGCCUUUAGUGACCUGCUGACACUGCUGCUUUCUGUGUGGAAGAAAGACUUCACGGCGACCAUUCCCUUUUAUCUCAUGUUCAGCAUGAAGAAUAUAACCUAUAUUACAGAUAUCCAGUCCCACAAGUGGGAGUUGUUUGAGUUCAUGUUACGUGGACUUAUUGAGCAGAGGCUUAUGGAUUACGAAGAAAUGAAACAUCACAUACACAAGCUUGAGGGAUUCAUGUGGCCAGCCGGUUUGCUGGAAAAGCUUGCACUCAUAUCUGAAAGGCACAGAUCCAAGCAGGAAGAUGGCUGCAAGGAGCCAGUAUGCACCCCUGUGCCAAAGGCUGUGGCUGCCAUGACCUCUCCAUGACAGUUAGUGCUUGGAUGUUCAUGUACUUUUAUCAUUUUAAUGCUGCUAAAUCUGCUCUACUUCAUACCCCAGGAGUAACGAUGCUUCUUGCUGCCACACACAGGAACUGACAUCACAUUGUGUGUUUGGCAGCAUCUUUCCUGUGCACACAUUGUAUAGCUGCCCAUAAACUGUUUGGACACCCCUGUAUAAAGUUCUGGAUUAUACCAUGUGCUGUUGCCAUUUAUUGUACAACUGGUAUGCAGUAGCUCUUUUCAUUUUUACUGCAAGAGAGCCUCAUUGCAUCAUUCCAGGUGGACCAAUAAGGAUGGAUUCAGCGACACUCUUAAGACUUAAAAAAAAAAAAAUCACCAAGACACUUGUUUUUUAGAAUCACAACCCUAACAAUGCUUUUAUUUUUUAAAGUGCUUAUAAUCAUUUUUAUAAUUAUCAUUAAUAUAAUAUUUUUAUUAAGUCACAAAAGGUAAAUAUCAGCACCCUCUGCCUUUUAUCUGGGUGAUUUUAGUGUUUUGGGAGAGGUGGAGCACCUGCAUAACUCACAUUCGUUUGCUUUUUGAGCCUAGUGUUUAAGGGAGAAUAAUAAACUGCCCCGCAAAUGUUUAUUUAUUAUUUUUUAUACAUAAGGCCAUGGCUGUAAUUUUAUCUAUACAGGUUUUUCCAUGAAGCUCUACAACUAGACAAUAUCACUUUCAACUAGGGAUGCCCCGAUUCCAGGAUUCGGUUUGGGAUUCAGCCUUUUUCAGCAGCAUUAGGAUUCAGCUGAAUCCUUCUGCCAGGCCAAACCAAAUCCUAAUUUGCAUAUGCAAAUUAGGGGUUGGAGGGAAAUCAUGUGACUUUUUAUAAAAAACAAGGAAGUAAAAAAUGUUUUCCCCUCCCACCCUAAUUUACAUAUGCAAAUUAGGAAUUGGUUCGGUAUUCAGCCGAAUCUUUUACCAAUGAUUCUGGGGUUCGGCCGAAUCCAAAAAGUGAAUACUUUCAGCAUAGCUUGAGCUCUGACUCACAACCUUGAUACAUGUGGGAGGAGAAAGUGAUGGCAUGAAAUUAGGAAAUGCUAAAAUGUGUAAAAUGCCCUGCAAGUAUUUGCAUCUCACUCAUCUAAAAUCCAUUCUGUUUGGUGCUAAAGUAGAGGAUAUUUGCAGUGACUGUUGUACACAAAUACUCUGUAUAGAAAUAAAAUAUUUAAGAUAUAUUGCCUUAUACUGCAGAAUUGUGUGUACAGUAACAUUUAUUAUAAACCUUGAUGUAGCCAGCAUCGCACAACAAAGGAUGAAUCUAAUCUCCUUCGCUUUU